AGGCAUGGGCAGGUGGCUAUCCGCUGCUACCGCAGCCCUCCAGGCGGGACCAGUGGGACUCCCUGCAGUCGAGCAAGUUUGGCCAUGACUCUGCAAAGAGGAAGAACACAUACCAUCAGGGACCGUGGGUGCCAUGCAUAAUCUGCAGGUUAUUGUUGUGGUGGUGGUCAUCGUUGCUGCGCUGUGCUGGAACCCAAGGCCUUACGCGUGCUGUUGUCUAAGGAUCCCUAGCACAUACAUCACCUCCGACAUCGUGCAUCUCUUUGUGAUACUGCCUUCCUGGGGCAAUGAAGGAAGCACAGAGCACAGCACAGCCCGAGCUCUUCACCGCAGCUGCACAGAGCUCCUCGAGCUGGAGUGCGGCUGGGACGCGCACCUGCAUGUCAGCAUCUGCAUGGGGUCACUCUUUAUUUCUCGCUCUGAAUGGCUGCACUGCUGCUGCUGCUCUGGGCCUGGGCAUAGGCAGGUCAGGUGGGGAAGGUCAGGGGCUGGGAUAUCGGAAGGAGAGAGUCCAUCCCACAAUAGGCCAGAGUGCCAGAGAAGGGAAAGCUGGGUCACAGAGACCUCACCGGAUCCCAGAGUGGAGAAGCAACACAAGGUCGUGCCUACGAGGACAGGUGCUAAAGUUCAGGGCGGGGAUCCUGGAGCAAGACACACAGAAACAGGCGGGUGCCAGCUCAGGAUGGCUUCCAGACCACUCGGCUCCUCCAGAAGCCCCAUAGGGGAAACUGAGUCUCAGGGGGUGAGUGGGAGCAAGACCCUGCCCCAGAGGGGAAGGUGCUCCUCAUUCCUCCCCAGUGUCCUCACAGAGCACCCCUUCCAAAGCCUCUCGUCAGUCUUCAACAAUACACAGGCAGUUACCAACUGUCCUCACCAUAAUGCAGAACAGACCUCCUCCACAUUAUUCUCCUCUCUGCCUAAAAGUUUGUCUUCUUUUAUGAACCUCUCCCCAGUACUCUGCCUCCACUCCUCAGCCCCUGGCAACUUCGCUGCUGCCUGCUGCUUUGACGAGAUCGACUUUUUUAGAUUCCACGACGAGUGA